AUUUCUGAGCAAGUGGUCCGCACAUUCUGCUAGUUCUGCUGUACUUCAACAUUACAAAUCGAUCACAAAGCCAAACAAGUUUCUCAACAUGCCCCCAAAAACCGGAGGAAAGGCUUCAGGAAAGAAAGCCGUGUCGAAGGCCAAGAACAUUUCGAAGGGGGACGGGAAGAAGCGUCACCGCAAGAGGAAGGAGUCCUACGCCGUGUACAUUUACAAGGUCCUCAAGCAGGUCCACCCCGACACUGGCGUCUCCUCCAAAGCCAUGUCCAUCAUGAACUCCUUCGUCAACGACAUUUUUGAGCGGAUCGCGUCAGAGUCCUCCCGCCUUGCCCACUACAACAAGAGGUCAACCAUCACCUCUCGGGAAAUCCAGACGGCCGUUCGCCUCCUCCUCCCAGGAGAACUCGCCAAGCACGCCGUCUCUGAGGGCACCAAGGCCGUCACCAAGUACACCUCCUCCAAGUAAUCACACAAAGACUGCGACAAAAUCCGAGAUGUGGUCCUCCAAUAGUAUUUUUUGUUUCUUUUAUAUCCAACGGCUCUUUUAAGGGCCACCACAUUUUCCAGAGAGCAAACUACCUUUCUUGAGUAAAAUGAAAUGAUCUCAUUCCAUUA